AUGGCAGACGACCCUUGGGACGACUGGGAGGCAGCUGCCGACGCCGGUCUAGAGCCAAAACCUGUUGGGACGCUCGAUGACCACGAAAAAAAUAAACAAAUAUGGCAAGAAGCGUACGCAAAAAAGUUCUUUAACCCCAUUUUUAUAUUUUGUUUUCAAGUUGAUUUAAGUUGUCUUUCAAUUGAUAGAAAUUCUUACGUGCAACCAGAAAUUACUCGAACAGAUUCAACCCGAACAGAAUACGUGCCACAACUUCGAAUUUUAAAACGUCCCAAGAAUCCUGGAUCUACAACCACUACACAUCCUUCUCAUUUACCGAUAUCACUAAAUUCUAAUGCCACUCUCACCAGUGAUUCUGGCAGUUUUUCGAUAAAUUCAAAGCAAAUCAAAUCACUCGCUGAUCGCGAAGCAGAAUAUUUCGCUGCAAGACAAAAAAUCUUUGGACAUACAGAUGAUGAAAAUAAUAACGGAAAUAAGGAUAGUGGAAUCACUGGCGAUGGUGGUGAAUGUAAAACUCAAAAGGGAAGGGUAAUCGAAGAUAGUAAAGAGGAUACUAUUAUAUUGAUAGAAAAGAUACAAGAGGCAGCUAAGUGA